CCUAAUACAAUCCUUCUUCGUCGACAGUUUCUUCCCCAUCUCCACAUCCAUCGGCUGCCAAAUCUCCAUCUCUCUCGCCUCCAACCUCCCUUCCUCCCCUGCCAUGUUCUGUCGCCAUCCCGGUCGCCUCUGCGUUUGCCUCCUCCGCUAAAUCCAACUCCAUGGUGGAAAAGGAAUGACGAAAUUGGAUUUGGAAGAAGCCAGCGCCGACCAAGUCUCUCUCUCUCUCGGCUGGGAAAGGGUAGAAAUUCACAAAUGGAGUUAAAAGCAACAGGGGGAAAAAGAGAGGCCAAAGCACGAAUGGGAAUGGUGGUAGUAGUUUAUCAUCGGUAUUAGUUCGGAUGAACGAAAACAAGAAAAAGAUUGAGAAAAAGAAGGAAUGAGAUCUGGCCGGAGAUUGUGGAAGGGAUAGAAUGAGAAAAUUGUAAUUAAUAUAUUUUUGUAACUUUAUAAAAUGUC